AUGAGAGUGCACAGCCGGCGGCUCUAUCCUUCUAUCCCCCUGCUGCUCUCCCCCUCUCUCUCUUUUCUUCUUUCUCUUCUCCUUCUCCUCCCUCUUGUCUCACCACAGUUGAGAGGGGGGGAGGGGCCCCCCCUGCAGGGGCCCCCACAAGUACCAGCUCAGGCAGGGGCCUCUCUAGGGGCCCCCUAUGUGUUCCCUACAGGGGCCCCCAUGGGGGCCCCCAUGGGGCCCCCCAUGGGGGCCCCCAUUGCAUCAGGGGCCCCCGUGGGGGCCCCCAUGGGGGCCCCCGUGGGGGCCCCCAUUGCAUCAGGUGUUCCACCACCAUACCCUCUUCCUCAGGGGGCCCCCCCAACCCCUAGUCUCCGAGCUGAAGCAGCACGGGGGCCCCCCGGUCUGGGGCCCCCCCCUGUAGCGCUUGGCUCUGCAAAACAAACAACACAUGAGGACAGCAGCAGCAGCAGCAGCAGCAGCACCGGAGCAGCAGCAGCAGCAGCAACAGAUGCAGCAACAUCAGCAGCAACUGCAACAACCGAUACAGCAGCAGCAACAACUAAGAUAUCAACCACAGCUGCAGCAGACUCCUCAAUUGCAACAGAGUCCAACACAGCAGCAGCAGCAGCAGCAGCAGCAGCAGCCAGCAGCAGCAGGUACAGCAGCCGAUUCAGGCGCAACAGCAACCGCAGCAGCAGCUACGUCAACAACGACAACCACAGCAGCAGCAACAGCAACAACACCAGCACCACCACCAGCUUAGGCAGCAGCAACAGCCACAGAUGCAGCAGCAGCAGCAGCAGCCGCAGCAGCAGCAGCAGCAGCAGCAGCACUUUCGGCAGCAGCAAGUACCGCCGCCUCUUCCCGUUGCACCUCAGCAGCAGCAGCAGCAGAAGCCACCUGCGCAGCAGCAGCUUCGACAUAGCCCGCAGCAGCAGCAGCAGCAGCAGCAGCAGCAGCAGCAACAACCAGAGCAGCAGCAAUCUCAUUCUGCAGCAGCAGCAGCAGCAGCAGCAGCAGCAGCAGCAGCAGCAGCAGCAGCAGCAGCAGCAGCAGCAUUGGGAUCGUCUCCUCCCGCCCCGUAUCCCUCGCUAA